CCGAGCCCAAACCACUCUAGUGCCAUCCGCUGUGUUUGUGAUAGUACACUACGAUACUCGAUAGAUCAGAGAAAGGAUGAACAGUAGACAGAUAAUGAGUUUGAGCCUGGUCUGCCUAAUCGCGACCAGCUCUUUGCUGCCAGCGAUCGCGUACCCAGGCGUACCCGGCAUCCAGGGCGAACAGGCACAACGCGGCUUUCAAGGUCAGGAGGGGAGAAAAUUCGCGGAAAAGCCGAAUUCCGUCAAGAAGAUCGCAGCCCUCGAAGACAGGAACGACUUAGAUGACCUUAACACCAACCAAAUUCCUGAUGGCGGGUUCUCAUGGAGCAACAUGAUCGCCAUGGUCAUGCAGAUGCUAUUUAACCCCAUAGGCUCUCAUAACGGUCCCAACAAGUCAGACGGUCUCGACACCGACACUGGCGUGGCUCCAGCAUCCCCCUGGACCAACUUGCUCACGGUCGGCCUGAGGAUCCUUUCCGCUUUCUUGGGAGGCGGCGGAGUCGGCGGCGAUGGAAUCGACAAGGUCGACAAUUCUUCACCCAUGCAAGGUGUGUUAGCGGCUGUCCUCUCGGCAUUUCUCGGCUCAAGGGAUCCAGACCAAGUAGCAACCAUGGCAAAGCAAGCGGGCGAAUUCAUCAACAUUGUCGUGAAUCUUCUUGAUGCCCUCAAAACAUCUUUCUCUCACCGUUCUAUCGCUGCUCGUUCCAUCGGAAAAAAGGAUACUGUCUCGGAAGCCGCUGUCGCUGGAAUCACGCUUUUCAAGGGUUACGUAAAGACAAUGAAAACCGAUGAUGAAAGCUGCAUGCUCAAGUACAUGUGCGAAGCGAACAGGGAUUGCUCUGACAGCACGAACGGUUCCAGCUCCAUCUACUGCCAACUUGGAACAUACGUCGCCAGUUUAAUGAUGCAGAGGUCAGGAGCGACAAGGUUCGAUUCUUAUUACGAAGCAGGACGCAGGGGAAGAAGCGGUGACGACUGUCAACAAUUAUAUUUAUCCUGUAAUGAAGUUUAGGACAAAUUUAGAAAAGGAUCUCGAAAUAUUUAUUGAGAAAAAUAGUUCAAAAAGCAUUGAAUUUAAAUUAUUUCAAAAAAGAAAAAAAAACAUAUUUAAGAUUCAAAGAUUUGGCAAAACUUGUUGAUCAAUGUAUUUAUUACUAAAACCGCUGAUUAAAUAUUGUUUUUUAUAAAUUUUAAUAUCAUUAGAUAUUUUUUAUAGCAAAGCAAACGUUGGGAAAGGCGAUAUAUGCCGGCUAACGCCAGAUUUUUCAAAUAUAUAUUAUUUUAAAACCGAACGAAUGUCGGUCAAAUGUAUUAUAAAAAUCUAUUAGUAAUGGUUGAGUGCAAUCUAUUUAUUUUGCCUGAAGUGCAUCAAUUAUUUAUGCUUGUCGUACAGUUUCAAUCCUCUUUCUUAUUUAUUAUUCUCAGUACUCAUUAGUUUAUUUCUUUGCUGUUACGCUACGUUGGUUUCAAUGUUAUUUGUUUUUGUUGUUUUCAAGUUGACAAAAGAUGUAUUCAUAUUUGCACAAGAAAUAUAAAAAAACCACGUGGUUGCAACAGAUCUAUGACUGAAUAUAAUUUAAAGUUAGGCUGUCAUUAAAAUGCUUCGUUUAGGCAUGCUGAACUUGAUGUGCUAGUGUUGUAUGAUAGGAUAUUUAUAUUUUCUGUUGUUAUGUGUAUAUGCAAGUGAAUGAAUGUUUUUUGUAAGUUAAUAAAUUGUAUAAUAAAACCA